UUCCUUUCUCAUGAGAAACGGGGAGUGUGGAUCCCUAGAACGUGUAACUACAAGAUAGGUUGGCCAUUCAGACGGGUGCCCGACGACCUUACUGUGUCUUUCCCGAAGUAGAACGGACAUUGUGGUCGAAGUACCAUCAGACGUGUAAGACAAGUCAUCCAGGCCGACCUGUGCAUGUGUACUACCAUGUUCAAACUCUUGUCAGGGCGCCAGUGACUGAUCUACCGCGCGAGCACGCAGCGUUGAAUUCAUGUGUAUGUGUCUUAACACUCUCGUCCCUCUUUAGUUCGAACAGAUAAACACUAAGCAACUAAACAACGUUUAACCACCAAACUAGCACGUAAACAUCUGUACGCUUUUCUGCGUCACUCGCUGUUCGAUUAGAAACGGGUAGCUUUUCGAGCUGUGGUGAUCCAGGUUGUGAAUUGCUUUGCCUGGACGUAAGAAAUAUAAGUUGAUGUUCAACAAAAAAAACUUGGAGAAAUUUCUGCUCUGUCUACGACAAAAUGUCUUUGUUUUGAACUACUGAAUUUGAGAAGGACAAGUGUUUCGAAUUUUACGCGGUUUUCUUCACAUACAAUUAUCACACAGAGGACUUUUUGGGAAAAGUUAUACAAGCGAAUAAUGUCAUGUCUUCAGUUUGGUUAUAAUUCUGGGCCACCUACUGCUAACAGUACCCAACUGCUAAUGCCGGGACAACAUGCAAGUGGUCACCAUCACUCAUCUCAGGCGGCAGGCCAGCCCUGCUGUGAAUCCGGGCGUCCCGUCCUUACCGAUCCGCUAACAGGACAGACUCUGUGCUCAUGCCAAUAUGACGCCCAACUCCUCAGUUAUCAGCGGCUAGCAGCAACAGGGUUGCCGCUAAAUAUUUACGGGACUGCCGCAGCAGCUGCAGCCGUGGCUUAUGGUGGGGACCAGCCUGUUCUCUCUUUAACUCCUGAGCAAGCAGCUUUAUAUGCACCAACAGCAAAUGGGUUCGACAUUAAAGAAAAUUUGGAAGCUUGGAGAAGUUUAUCUUAUGCUGGACCAAUGUAUUACCCGUAUGAUUCGGCUACUUUGGGAAACUAUCCAUUUCCGAAUGGAUACGGGAUGGACUUAAAUGGAGCUAGACGAAAAAAUGCUACCAGAGAAACAACAAGUACAUUAAAAGCUUGGUUAAGCGAGCACCGCAAAAAUCCUUAUCCAACGAAAGGAGAAAAAAUCAUGCUUGCGAUAAUUACCAAAAUGACACUGACUCAAGUAUCCACGUGGUUUGCAAAUGCCAGACGUCGUCUUAAAAAAGAAAACAAAAUGACGUGGUCACCACGUAAUCGAUGUGAAGAUGAUGACAUUGACGAUGAUGGGGAUGAUGAAUCUACCAGAAACAAAGAAGAAAAUAACACUGACCCUUCAAGAAGGUGUGAUGACAGCGAUGAUGACGAGAUGAGCGUUAACAGGACAUUGGAAUGUAUAGAGAAGAUGCCUAAUCCCAGUAAAUCCAGUCUAGGAGAUUCAGAAAAUAUUGAUCAUUUGGAUGUUGAAGAUGAUCGAAUUUCAUUUGAUAAAGGACUAAAUAUCAGAAACAUUAAUGUCCAAGAAGUUGAGAAUGUAGUAAGCUCUCCACAAUCUGCCUCUGGCCAUGAAACUUCUUGUUCUUCAGAUUCUGUGGGACAAUCUCCUUCGGUAAGUCGGUCCACUGACAACCAUAGCCCCAGCAUUGAAGCCUCAACUAAUGCAACUAAACCGAAAAUCUGGUCCAUAGUGGACACUGCAACAUCUAGCUCUCCUUCCUCCUUAGUGUCAAGUAAAGUAAAUUCCCUCCAAAGAACAACACGUCUUGAUUACUUGGCCCCAUAUACCAAGUCUACAUGGUACACAAGCGCUUUUGAGAAAAAUGCAUUUCCCUUAAACUCAGUGUACAGUGGUCCAUCAGUUGCUCCACCAGCUGCUCCUCUAACCGCUGCAACUUCACAAAACUCCUCUCUAGUCUCGUCUACUGGGCUUUUGGAGACUUCACCUUCAUCAACAUCACUGAGUCUUCUCCGUUCUGCAGCAGUCGCCUUUCCAGCUAAUGAGUUAAAUAUGCAGAAAGCAAGAUCAAGUGCUUUACCGUCGAUGUUCAAUCUCCCAUUACCCGGAUCUCGUUUAAUCUCGUCCGUCCCGCAAACGUCUAGCUCCGCGGCCGUUUUGGCGGCUGUUUCUGGUAGAUCUUUGAUUUCUGCUAGCCAUACUGGUUCAGGCUCAGACAGAAGUAUUAUGUUAUCUUGAAGAUGAGUAAACGUCCACCAGAAUAAUGUAAAUAAUGAAGUCCAUGAGAUUGUUUCUUGCUUUCUGUGAGACAAAGUAUCAGAUGGUAGGUACAAAUCGAAUUUCGUUUUUUGAUCAUUUUCAUGUAACUGUCUCGUAUUCCUGAGAUAAUCUCACUGCUUAUGACAUUGUGGAUUGAAAAUGAUGUUAUUUGAAGACUACGUGGAAUAGCAACUUAUGGCGUGUGAUUUGUGGUAGCACACAGAAGAGGACUAUGUCAGAACUCCGAGGUUUGGCGUUAAUAGAGGGCAUGCAUACCUCAAUUAUAUAAAUUGACGUGUAAUUAACCUCAAUCACGAACAUGAAAACAAAACAGGGAAACAUUCUCAUUAAUAUACAUCCUGUGCAGGAAUAUACGUAAUUCUUAUUUCAAUUCUUACUGGUUGACUGGUUGGUUUCGUAUAACGAUAAAAAGUUGUAGUAUAUA